AUGUCUUCCGUCUUUACCAUCACAGUUACCAACAACGUGGGUUACGAUGUGGACAUCUUCAAUGUCUUCCAUUCCAACCCCAAUCCCACCUCCGGUACGACUGUGGCAUCGACCUACACCAAGUUGGCCACUGUACCCAACGGCGCUGUUGCCCAGCAGGUGCAAGGCGUGCCGGAUGGUAGCAGUCUGCAGGCGAUGAUUACAGGAAAUAUCGCAACACUGAACGGCAACUACUACCAGCAGUUCCCAGUGGCCGUGAUGGCUGUUUCCGAUUUCGCACCAACACUCGCCUUCACUCUCACUAGCGAUAUGCUGCAAAACAUGGUGGACUCGUUCCAGUUCAUCAAGUACAUGCAAGCCUACCCAUCCUCGGCCCUGGCCAAAGGGUUCCGCGCAGCGCUAGCUCAGAAGGUCCCAACAGAGGCGAUCAACACCUUUUUCACUGGCACUUCUAAUUUCCAGCAAUGCACUUACAGCACCUGGAAUGUAGUUUUCACGUGGCAAACCCAGUUCACGAGCGCCUGGCAAGGUACAUACUACCUCUACACUACGGACAGCAGCAGCGCGGACAGCACUGCCACUCCGCCUGCCACUCCGCCUGCCACUCCGACUGCCCCGACUCUGGUAGCAACCCUGGCGAUUACGGCUAGCGCAGCGGCCAGCUCGGCACAGCUGACAAUGGCUGCCAAAGGUGGUCAGAUUAUCCCGGUAGCGAUGCCAGGCGAUGGCACCAUGCAGGAGCAAAACGCAGGCACUGGCGACCAAUCCGUGUCCCUCAACCCGGUCUGGAUGAGUGCUGUGCAGACCAGCGACAAGACGGGGGAUGCCUACACCGUCAUUGGAGCUGCGUUUGCGGGCACCAUCAACAACGUGAACGUGGCUGGUAACAUCAACACGCUCGUGGUCCCAAGCAUUCCGAGUACCUCGCCGACCUUUGAUAGUGUGAUGUCUUCUAUUAGUCACUAUAGUGACAAGUUUGGGUCCUUGAUAGGAAUCUUGACAGGCGUUGCGACGGUCUUGAUCAUGUUCAAGGACAGCAAGGCGGCUGAGAGGCAGAGGAUCCUUGAUGCACAGAAAGAAGCCAAGACUGAGGCAGACGCGAAAGAGAAAGAAACCAAAAUCAAAGCGGAAUCCGACGCGAAAUUUCAGUCUGAGCUCAGUCAAGUGUCACCAACUGUCGAGAAUCUGGCUUCUCAAGCGGAAGACGGGUACAAGGCGGUAGCUGUGGCCGACAAUGUCCAGAAGGACAUGAAGACUGUGCUCAAGGAGGGAGGAGAGCUGAAUCAGGAACUGGUGGAUGGUUCUUCAGAUCCGGCAAUUGAGAAAACUGAGGAGAAUCUCGAAGGCGCCGUUGGGGACCUUGCAGACGCCGACAAGUCUGGCACGAGUGUGGCUCAGGCCGAGGCAGAUUUGAAAAACGUCGACAAGACUGUUGCGGACACAAGUGAGGAUCUGAAGAACGAGGUGCAAAACGCGACCAACACGGCUUCACAGGGUGAGGAGACGGCAGAAAAGGGCGUCGAGAAGGUCAAUGAGGAGGUAAAGGAGCAAGCUAAGGAAACAGAGGAGGUUAAGGAGGAGGAGAAGGCUGAGGCCGAAGCAAAAGCGUCCGACCCAGUAGAUGACAAAGAAUUUGGCAAUGAGAAGCGAGAGGGCGAGGGCGAGGGCGAGGGCGAAGGUGAAGGUGUGCAUAUCGGAGGAGGAGAAUAG